AUGAGGAGUCAAGGACCCCCGAUGAUUGCGUUCGUGGUGCCAAACGCCGUUCUUGCUGACAAGUGGCCUUCAAGUAGCCUAUGUCCGUCGGUUAAGUGCCUGCUGCGCAUCAUCUUGCAUCUCAUCUCACCAAGGCCAGUCAUCCACGUAACAAUGCAGAUACCUUGCUGGCCACUGUUGACUGGUAAAGAUUCUCAUGUGCAUAAGGAGGCAAUCAUGUUCUUCGUCACCAGAUUAUCACAAGACCUUUUGCCCUGCAUAUUUCGGUCUGUAAAACAUGAAAGUGCAGGGUCAGGGCGACGAUGA